CCCGCCCCUUCGCUCUGGGGGCGGGUCGGACUGGUGGGUAAGGCCGGCGCUCGCGAGGCCAGCAGGGAAGGGCCGGGAGAGCAGCCAUGAUGGAAGGCUCGGACGACGGCCCAGAUUUCCUUUCCGAGGAGGACCGAGGACUUAGAGCUGUUACUGUAGAUCUGCAAACUGAUGCUGCUUUGCAAGUGGACAUUUCAGAUGCUCUUAGUGAAAGGGACAAAGUCAAAUUCACUGUUCAUACAAAGAGUUCUUUACCAAACUUCAAACAAAAUGAAUUUUCAGUUGUCAGACAACAUGAAGAGUUUAUCUGGCUUCAUGAUUCCUUUGUUGAGAAUGAAGAUUAUGCAGGCUACAUUAUACCACCAGCGCCACCGAGGCCUGACUUCGAUGCUUCAAGAGAAAAAUUGCAGAAGCUUGGUGAAGGAGAAGGAUCCAUGACUAAGGAAGAAUUUACGAAGAUGAAGCAAGAAUUAGAAGCAGAAUACUUGGCAAUCUUCAAAAAGACAGUAGCUAUGCAUGAAGUCUUCUUAUGCCGUGUAGCUGCUCAUCCCAUUUUGAGAAAGGAUUUAAAUUUCCAUGUCUUCUUGGAAUAUAAUCAGGAUUUGAGUGUACGGGGAAAAAAUAAGAAAGAGAAACUUGAAGACUUUUUUAAAAACAUGGUUAAGUCUGCUGAUGGUGUCAUUGUUUCAGGAGUAAAGGAUGUAGAUGAUUUUUUUGAACAUGAAAGAACAUUCCUUGUAGAAUAUCACAACCGUGUCAAGGAUUCGUCUCUCAAGUCUGAUAAAAUGACACGAUCCCACAAAAAUGUUGCAGAUGACUACAAUAGAAUUGGUUCUUCAUUAUAUACAUUGGGAACACAGGACUCCACAGAUAUAUGCAAAUUUUUCCUGAAAGUAUCUGAAUUGUUCGAUAAAACAAGGAAAGUAGAGGCCCGCGUAUCUGCUGAUGAGGAUCUUAAACUCUCAGAUCUUCUAAAAUACUACCUAAGAGAAUCACAAGCUGCAAAGGAUCUUCUGUAUAGGAGAUCAAGGUCAUUGGUGGAUUAUGAAAAUGCUAACAAGGCACUGGACAAAGCAAGAGCAAAGAACAAAGAUGUACUGCAAGCUGAAAAUACUCAGCAGCUUUGCUGUCAUAAAUUUGAAAAAAUAUCUGAAUCAGCAAAACAAGAACUUAUAGAUUUUAAAACUAGAAGAGUUGCUGCAUUCCGGAAGAAUCUAGUAGAACUGGCAGAAUUGGAACUGAAACAUGCUAAGGGCAAUUUACAGCUGUUGCAGAGUUGUCUGGCAGUGCUUAAUGGUGAUACAUAAACUAGAAUCUGUCAUCCUGUUAAUAAGGGCUGCCUUCCACUGGAGUUUACGACUUUGAGUUAAUAUUUACAACUUGGUGAAUUUGGUGACAAAGGAUACACAAACACGUUCCUUUUUUUCCAAAACCACAUAAGCGUAUCAGAAUAAUUCCAAAUUAUAUGAAGCAACAAUAUAUUUGCUACAUACAAAUAUUCACAUUAAUUUAAUCACUGUACACUCUUAUUGUCUAAGAAACCAAAUGUUCUGAGUCUUUUUUUUUGUGAGAGUAGCCAAUAGAAUUAUGUUUUUGUUUAAAGCUAGUGUUAAAUAUUGCUGCCAUUCUUAUUUUACUACCUUUGUAAUGUCCGAAGCUGAUUUGAAACAUAUGGUUUCAAAACAAUUAAAUAUUGCCACUAGGUGUUUGGAUAAUGUUACUGUAAAGCAUUGUAUUGGUUAUUUCACAUAUUGUUAUCAAGCAUCUUAACUUUUUCAAAUAACAUUUCCUAGAAAUUUUGGAGCAAACUUUAUGUAAUCUUUAUAAUACAACCUCAGAAAAAAAAGCAAAUGCAUUAGUAUAUUUGCCUUAACUUGUAGACUAAUCCCAAUUACUGUAAAAUAAACAGCGCAAUCAUUGAAUUUUUCUAAAAUCACAAGUCAUUGUAUUAUUGUAAUUGUUAAGCCUGGUGAUCUGACAAUUGUCUCCACUUUAUACUCUUUAAUUAUGUUUGUUUUUAAAUAAAUACUUGAUUCCGUACUACUAUA